AUGUCUUCACUCUCAGCUACAUACAAGACUUCCAACGUCUCCGAGACAACCCUCGUUGACACUUCCAAGCUUUCAACAAGUACAAAGCCUGGUCUUGAAACAACUUACAAACCAUCCCUCAAGGAAAAGAUCCAGAGGAAGCUUUCUGGUUCCGUCGACCCUACAAAGAAGCCGGCCGACCCAUACAAGUCCUGGGAAGCGCGAUCAGUGCUUAGUCUCGUCGCCGAAGGAUUGAUUGAUGUUGUCCAGUGUCAGCCUUUAGUACAGCCUGUUGACCACACGGAUUGUCUGGAACUUGGUAGUGUGGCUUUAUCCGAUAUCGCACUCGUGUCAAUUACAUGGCCGCGCUUCUAG